UUCGCGAUUGCAUGAGCGGCUUGACGUUCAAUUUGGUUCUAAGUCUCGUCGCGUGUGCAUGGACGCAGUUCUUUAAGUUCUCGACUCUAUCGCCAUGGUGCUGCUGCGAGUGAUCAAGUAUCUAGUGGGCUGCGUGGUGCGCGUCUGCAACGAGUUGUCCCAGAACAUGAGUUCGCUGAAUAAAAUGUUCAAAUACCAUUUGCUGGAGGUCAGCUAGAGAUCCCAGGAAACGGAGAUCAUCCAAGUCCCCCAACCAUUACAAAUGUAUAUAUAGUUUUCUGCCCCUGUCGAGCGAGUUCGUUGCUCAAGUCUUUUGUUAUGUGAUCCAAAUAAAACGUAUACCACCCACACAAA